AGGAGGGGGGUGAAGUAGAUGGAGAUGAAGUAGAGGGAGGUGAAAUAGAGGGAGGUGAAGUAGAUGGAGAUGAAGUAGAUGGAGCUGAAGUAGAGGGAGGUGAAGUAGAUGGAGAUGAAGUAGAGGGAGGUGAAGUAGAGGAAGGUGAAGUAGAGGGAGGUGAAGUAGAGGGAGGCGAAGUAAAUGGAGGUGAAGUAGCGGGAAGUGAAGCAGAUCGAGAUGAAGUAGACAGAGGUGAAGUAGAUGAAGUGGAAGUAGUGGGAAGUGAAGUAGAUGAAAGUGAAGUAGAUGGAAGUGAAGUAGAGGGAGGUGAAGUAAAUGGAAGUGAAGUAGAUGGAA